GGUCAAGGCGCGCGGGGGCGGAAGCGGCGGCGACGGCGGCGGCUGUCAGAGCUGGAGAGGGGCUGGGCGCAGCGGCCAUGGAGGGUCAGCGCUGGCUGCCGCUGGAGGCCAAUCCUGAGGUCACCAACCAGUUUCUCAAACAAUUAGGUCUGCAUCCUAACUGGCAAUUUGUUGAUGUGUAUGGGAUGGAUCCUGAGCUCCUUAGCAUGGUACCAAGACCUGUGUGUGCAGUGUUGCUUCUCUUCCCUAUUACAGAAAAGUAUGAAGUAUUCAGAACAGAAGAGGAAGAAAAAAUAAAAUCCCAGGGACAGGAUGUUACCUCAUCAGUAUAUUUCAUGAAGCAAACCAUCAGCAAUGCCUGUGGAACAAUUGGACUGAUCCACGCUAUUGCAAACAACAAAGACAAAAUGAACUUUGAAUCUGGGUCAACCUUGAAAAAAUUCCUAGAGGAGUCUGUGUCAAUGAGUCCUGAAGAACGAGCCAGAUACCUGGAGAACUAUGACGCUAUUCGAGUUACUCACGAGACCAGUGCCCAUGAAGGUCAAACAGAGGCACCAAGUAUAGAUGAAAAAGUAGAUCUUCAUUUUAUUGCAUUAGUUCAUGUAGAUGGGCAUCUCUAUGAAUUAGAUGGACGGAAACCAUUUCCAAUUAACCAUGGGAAAACUAGUGAUGAAACUUUAUUAGAGGACGCCAUAGAAGUUUGCAAGAAGUUUAUGGAACGUGACCCUGAUGAGCUAAGGUUUAAUGCAAUUGCUCUUUCUGCAGCAUAGCCCAUCAGCCAUGGAAACACCAAACACUGUAUUACUUGCAACAGAAGUUAAAUUCCGCUGCCAUACACUAACUCAAAAUUUUUGAUAUUUUCAUUAACUUGACUGAUUAAACUUUAUGUGAAUUAAACUUCAACUUAACCCGU